AUGCAAUGGAGGUACAUGAUUUAUGACCUAGCUGACGUGUUAUUUCUAAAUCAAAAAUGUUCAUUGGCCGUGUUGUCCCGUGAUCGACAAGGAAGAUUGCGUGGAGGGAAAGAGGGUAUUGAAAUGACGCAGUGCAGCGCAGUGCAGUGGACACUCAUGAGAAUUCUGCUUUCGUUGGAUAAUCGAGAAGAGAGGUGUCGUGUCGUGUCGUGUCGCGUCGUGUUGUGUCGCGCGGCUGACUGUAACGAUGGUGUUGGAUUUAUAUGUGACGAUGGUGAUGCCAGGAUGACUCUGUUGAAAUUUGAAAUACUAUUGGGGAAAUUUUAA